UCCUCAGCUUUUUUUAUUUUUUUGUUUCUUUUCCCCCUAACUACCCUCUUUAUGGAGUGAGGAGUUUUAUUGGAAUCCAUGUCAGGAAAUGAAUGGUUGGAAAGCUCAACCAGUCUUCUUCCUCUUCACUUGUCCGUCAGUACUCUCUCUCUCUCUAGAGAUAUUAUAUACUACUCCUAUUAUGCACUUCCUUUUAAGCUCAAGUACCCGUCUUUACAUUUUCUUCCAGUUUUCUUGGGGUUCCCUUCUGUACUUGAUGUUUCCAGAUACAGUGUGAGUUUCUUGACUUUAUCUUGUGAUGCCUUUCUUUUAGCGACUCAAAGACUUGUGUUUCCAUUUGGAUUUCUAGGUUUUCUCUGCUUUGUUUUUCCUUGUACGUCAAUGUUCAAAAAUAGUCUUACUUUUAUGGUCUUCUUAUUGAAAAAUCGAAUGUUUUAAGCUACCAAAUACGAACUCCCCUAAACUGGGCUGUCAUUUAAUUGGAUGGAUUUCAAUUUCUGGUCCUCUGUACCAGAAUUUAGGCGUACCCAUUUACCAAUCUGUGGCAUCAUUGGAAGUGAAGAGUGAAGAAUUGACUUCUGGGUUACUAAUUGGGUGUGGAGUGAAGUGAAGGAGGGAGAAAUCUAAACUUACAAGGAGCAGCACUGGAAAAAAUUUUAUGGAUUGGAAUUUGAAGACACCAUUAUGGGGUUUUACUGAAUUUGAACAAGAACCCAACUCCAAUACUGGUCCAGGUAGUGGGUCAAGCAGUCUGGGAGGUCAUGGGAGUAAGGGGAAUUUUUCAGUUGAUUUGAAGCUUGGUCAUGUGGUUAAUAGGGUUGGCAAUGAGUCCGUGGACAAUUUACAGGUGCCAAGUGUCCCGAGAAUGGCGUCGGGCUCGUCGAAGAAGGCCCGAGCAGUUAUUAAUGGGAUUCAGGCAGCAACUUGCCUUGUUGAUGGGUGCCAAGCGGAUCUUAGUAACUGCAGGGAGUACCAUAGGCGCCAUAAGGUCUGUGAGAGGCACUCUAAGACUCCAGAGGUUGAAAUUAACGGCCGCAAGCGACGGUUCUGCCAGCAGUGUAGUAGGUUCCAUUCACUAGAAGAAUUCGAUGAGGGCAAGAGAAGUUGCAGGAAGCGUCUUGAUGGACACAACCGUAGGAGAAGAAAGCCUCAACCAGAACCCUUGGCACGUGCGGGGAGCUUUUUGUCUAAUUUUCAAGGUACUGGAUUGUUUCCAUUCUCAUGUUCGGAAGUAUAUCCAACCACUACUUUGACAAACCCCAUGUGGCCUGGAGUUGUCAAAACCAAGCAAGAUUCUAAGCUAUAUGACCAGCACCUGCUCGACAAACAAAACGCAUAUCCUGGAUCCUCCUCUAACAGCUACGGAGCAGAAGGGAAGCAAUUCAACUUCCUCCAAACGGUUCCAGAAGCUUCUGCCUGCCAGCCGUUUCACAAAACUGUCGCCGCUUCAUCAGAAAGCUGUUUCUCCACUCAAGUCAGCUCGAACUGUGCUCUCUCUCUUCUGUCAUCGCCACCGCCGCCCUUGCAGCCGCCUGAGAUUAAUUUCAAGAACCACAUGUUGCCACUGCCACCACCAUCUUCAAUCCCAUUGGCACAUUCCAUAAACUCAAGACUGCAUACUAACAACCUGGGGAGUAUGAAUUCACUUUUGGUUCCAGAUUCAAGCGACACCGGUGUCCAUUGCCAGGGUAUGUUUCAUAUGGGGCGUGACUCGUCCUCCGAAAACGACGUCUCACAAACACUACCCUUCUGCUGGGAAUAGCAAAACGACGACGGUCCAAGUUGUCCCUCCCCGCUGCAGAGUGAUAUGGGUUGCUGUUUUGGAUGUAGUUGGAAAGGAAGGAAAUUGCUUUGUAGGAUCCAAAAUUGUUUUGCUUUUCAUUGUUCUUUGUACAUGUGACAUAAUUUCCUCAUGUUUGAAGUGCUGCUAUGUGUGUUUCAUGUUGGCUCA